UGACAAAAUUUAAAAAGGAGAAGGGGUAGAUUCGUCAUUUAAUCUAAAACCCUAGUUCCCUCGUUCUGUGCUCACUCACUCACUCAGUCGAACUGAACUUGUGCGCUUCCCUUCCCUCCCCUCGCGAUCUCAACGGAGACCUCUCUUCAGGUCACCGUCUAGGUUGCAAAUAUGGCGGAUGGACAGCAGCAUCCAUCGGUUGUUCAGAAGCUAGCUGGACGGUCUUAUCUCGCGUCCAGGCUUAGCCCCAACGUCCACUCGAGGAAUUGUUCUGCUUUGUCUGGUAGUUACUUCAAUGGAGGAGCGCACACUUCUGGUUUGGCGAUGGUGUCCCCCGUGCCUGCUAUUACUGUGCCCGCACCAUCGGAGAAGGGGGCAGCUGGAUUUUUGGCGGAUUUUCUGAUGGGAGGAGUGUCUGCUGCUGUCUCCAAGACAGCUGCUGCUCCAAUUGAACGUGUGAAAUUGCUUAUCCAAAAUCAGGAUGAGAUGAUCAAAAGUGGUCGGCUAUCGGAGCCUUAUAAGGGAAUCUCGGAUUGUUUUGGUCGUACCAUGAAGGAUGAGGGAGUCAUUGCUCUGUGGAGAGGCAAUACUGCUAAUGUUAUCAGAUACUUUCCUACACAGGCUCUGAACUUUGCUUUUAAGGAUUACUUCAAAAGGCUUUUCAACUUUAAAAAGGAUAAAGAUGGCUACUGGAAAUGGUUUGCUGGGAAUUUGGCUUCUGGUGGGGCUGCUGGGGCUUCCUCCCUAUUAUUUGUUUAUUCCUUGGAUUAUGCCCGUACUCGUUUGGCAAAUGACGCAAAGGCUGCCAAGAAAGGUGGUGAGAGGCAGUUUAAUGGUUUGAUUGAUGUCUACAAGAAAACCAUUAAGUCUGAUGGCAUUGCUGGCCUUUAUCGUGGAUUCAAUAUCUCAUGUGUUGGAAUCAUAGUGUAUCGUGGUCUUUACUUUGGAAUGUAUGAUUCUCUGAAACCAGUUGUUUUGGUUGGUACAAUGCAGGAAAGUUUCUUUGCUAGUUUCCUUUUGGGAUGGGGAAUCACUAUUGGUGCUGGUUUGGCUUCUUAUCCCAUUGACACUGUCCGUAGAAGGAUGAUGAUGACUUCUGGAGAAGCUGUGAAGUACAAGAGCUCUUUGCAUGCAUUCCAAACAAUAGUUGCAAAGGAGGGUACUAAGUCACUCUUCAAAGGUGCUGGUGCAAACAUAUUACGUGCUGUUGCUGGUGCUGGUGUGCUUGCCGGGUAUGACAAGCUGCAGCUCAUCAUGUUUGGAAAGAAGUACGGUUCUGGCGGCGGCUAAACGAUGACGACAACUUUAUCUGGGAUAAUUGUGCUUGUGAUUAGAUUAUUAGAGUAAUUUUGGAUCAAAAGGCUAUUUGUUGAUGUUUUCCGGAAUUUAGGGCCUUGAUAUUUAGAAAUCAUAAUUUUGCGAACAUGAAUUUUAGUUGUGAUGAGCUUAUAACGGUGCAGUAUGAGACCACCGUUUGGUUAGAGAAAUGAUUUAGACCAUUGUUUGAUUGCUCAUGUUUGGUUGAAAUGCGAUUUUUCUCCCUUCAA